AUGGCCGCCGUUCCCGGUGCCGAGCUGCAGGAGAAGAUCGCCGCUGCGCGGCGCGAGGCGGAUGCGCUCAAGGAGCAGAUCCGCAGCCGCAAGGACAAGAUGGCGGACACGUCCUUGCGAGCGAUGGCGGCCGAGAUCGAGGCGCUGCCGCGCAUCGUCAUGAAGCCGCGGCGGACGCUCAAGGGCCACCUGGCCAAGAUCUACGCCAUGCACUGGGCGGCCGACAAGCGCCACCUCGUGUCGGCGUCGCAGGACGGCAAGCUGAUCGUGUGGGAUGCGUACACGACGAACAAGGUGCACGCCAUUCCGCUGCGCUCGAGCUGGGUCAUGACGUGCGCCUACGCGCCGUCGGGCAACUGGGUCGCCUGCGGCGGCCUGGACAACAUCUGCUCCAUCUACAACCUGCGCUCGCGCGAGGGCAGCGUCAAGGUGGCGCGCGAGCUGUCGGCGCACACGGGCUACCUCUCGUGCUGUCGCUUCCUCAACGACCGCCAGAUCCUCACGUCGAGCGGCGACAUGACGUGCAUGCUGUGGGACAUCGAUGCGGGCGUGCGGGUCAUGGAGUUCAACGACCACACCGGCGAUGUCAUGAGCCUGUCGCUCGGCCCGAACCAAAACAUCUUCGUCUCGGGCGCCUGUGACGCCCAGGCCAAGGUCUGGGACAUCCGGACGGGCAAGGCAGAGCAGACCUUCUCUGGCCACGAGAGCGACAUCAACGCCGUGCAGUUCUUCCCGAACGGCGACGCCUUCGCGACGGGCUCGGACGAUGCGUCGUGCCGCCUGUUCGACCUGCGUGCCGACCGCGAGCUCAACCAGUACACGCACGACAACAUCCUCUGCGGCAUCACGUCCGUCGGCUUCUCGGCGUCGGGCCGCAUCCUCUUUGCCGGCUACGACGACUACAACACCAACGUGUGGGACACGCUCAAGGGCGAGCGCGUCGGCGUGCUGUCGGCACACGAGAACCGCGUCUCGUGCCUGGGCGUCAGCACCGACGGCAUGGCGCUGUGCACGGGCAGCUGGGACGCCCGCCUGCUCGUCUGGGCCUAG